CAUCAUAGAGGCACGAAGUGGGAGGUGUUCUGAGUACUCCACCGAGGCAGUCGAUCCCUUACCAACGCCAGCCACGUCCCGCGUCCCCUCUUUCCGUCCGCCAAAGCCCCUACCGGAUCAUUUAGGAGCCAGAUGAGGAGCGGAGACUCGCCCAGCAUCAGCGGCGCAAGCAGCAGCGGCCGUUCUUCAGAAGAAGCGGCGAGCACAAACGACAGAAAGCGUCCAUCUCCACAGUCCUCCACGUCGCCGUCGCAGCAGCAGCAACCGCAACAAAAUGGAAAGACAAAGCGCAGCCGCAACUCGAGGGCGUGCACAUGGUGCCAGCGACUCAAGAUGAAGUGCUCUGCGCCCGACGAAGGCCCCUGCGAGCGAUGCAAGAGGACCGGGCACGAGUGCAUCGUAGUCGAAAGGGCCUGUCGCAGGCCAUGGACGAGGAAGAAGGACAUGCAGAUCCAGCAGCUCACCGACCGCAUUCGCGACAUGGAGCAAGUCUUCAAGGCGUCUUCGAUCCUCACCAUGCCUGGAGACAUCAAGCCCGCUCCUGGCUUUUCCCUCGAGGCCACCGACGCUACAACAGCAGCGCUGGCACCGACGGCGGCGGCGACGACGACAUCAACAACAACAACAACUAUGGCAGGCGUGCCGGCGAUGGCACCGGUGGCGGCAACAGCGGGAGGAGCAGACUCCCUCGAUGCAGCCUCUUCGAUCCUCAACGGCCAACUUGAUCUCGACCCUUCCUCGUCCUCUGCCUUGGCACCUAUGAGCGAGAUUCCCGUUGGCAGCAACGACCACCUGUCGACGUUGCCCUUCGUCUCGACGGGCUGCAUCACAGCUCAAGAGGGCGUCGAGCUGUUCAACCUCUUUAUGCGCCGAUGCGCCUUCCAGACCGUCAUGCUCGACCCAUCGUACCACACAGUAGAUCACGUCAGCCAAUCCUCGCCCUUCCUCUGGGCAUGCAUCGUCUACCUUGCCGCGACCUACGCCACUGCCAGACCGACGCUGCGGGACGAGCUGCAGCCCGAGAUGGACUGGUUUGUCGGUUGGGCCGUGACGAGUGGAGAAAAGAAGGUGGAAGUGGUGCAGGGCUUCCUCCUGCUCUACUUCUGGAAUCGACCGGCAGCGGACCCGACCAUGGACCGUGCGUGGCUGUAUGCGGGCAUCGGCAUUCGCAUGGCAACCGAGCUCGGCACUGGCGGCCAGGGCAUCUCAGAUGCUGAACGUCUCAAUCGAGAGCGGACGUGGCUCAUGACUUUCUUGGUCGAUCGUUCCUUGUCGAUGGGUGCCGGUCGUCCUUGGACGAUUCGAUCUGACACGACACUGAUCAGGGACUCGGACAGCUGGUGCCAACAACCGCAGUGUCAGAUUUGGGACCUGGGCAUUUCUGCCCUCGCCGAUCUGCUCAAGUUGACAUCUCGGCAGGUCGACGUUCUGUCCUCGUCGUCCAAGACCUGGGCUUCCUCCGCUCUUGGUGGAGUCAGCAACUCCUCCUCGGUCGAUUUCGACUGCGAGACGAUGAUGCGCAUCUACAACGACGAGCUCGAAAAUUACCGUCGAACGUGGGAGCAGCGGGGCUUCUUUUCGUCGCCCCAACAGAGCACUUCCCCUGACGACGACAUUCACCUCUUUACAAUGCACUACGUUACGAAGCAGGCAACGCUGCGGUACAACUAUGCCGUCUUGGUCCUCAACUCCUACGGUCUCCAGUACUGCGCAUUGAACCCAUCCAAAAGCCCGCCAGUGCAGUCCAUCUGUCUGCCCAGUGCUAUCUCCGCCUCCAAGAACAUUCUCAAGGCCGCUAUUGACGGCCUAGGACAGUGGCUAGCGUAUGCGCCUCACACGAUACUCAGCCUCGUGGGCUACGGCGCCGUGCUACUCGUCAAACUUGCUCGCUUCACCAGUGAUGCCGUUCUGCGGCAGCGGCUCUUGACCGACGUUGAGGAGGCAGUCGACUUUCUCGACAAGGUUGCGCUGGGUCCCAAGCACAAGCCGGCCCGCUUGGCAUCCAUGAUUCGCGCCGUGCUCUCGUCCAAGACUCCAAACGAGGAUCGGGCGGCUUAUCCACCUGGCAUGGAGGUUCGCGGCUGGCCCGUGCAAUCUUCGAGGGCGGCAAGUCCGAGCUUGCAGCACUCGGUACAACAGCACUCGAUGCAGUCGCAAGAGCAACACCACCAACAGCCAUCUUCCAACACCUCCGUUGCAGCCAAGACCAAUGGUGGCGGAGGCAUGAGCGCGCCUUUUGCUGCAACGGGCACUGGCAUGGAAUGUUCACCCCUGACAGAGGAGAGUGACUCGCUUGCCUCUCUAGGACUGGCCUUUGGAGACAGCGCUGGAGGUUGCGCGGCCGCCUGGACAUUGCCCUUCUCGCCAAACGAGCUCUUCGACGAGUCCUUCUGGAUCAAGGUUCCCGAAAAUUAAGAUAAUAUAAGCUACGCCGAUAUCAUCUUCCAGUGUGUCACAUACGUCUUUGGAUCUCCCUUUGGUCUCGUACACUCUGUUCACGGUCAGGCUUCUUGCGCCAUGUAUGUUUCUGAUCGGUCUCUGAAUGUAUUUAACAAAACGUAAUGCAUCACCAAGCAUUAU